GGUUAAGCGGAACCGGUACCACGUUAUCCGGGUUUUGUAAAAUCGAUACAGGAAUUUACGCUUUUGUUCGCGAGGGAACGAUACUGUCGACUGUUUUGUGUCGUUAGCCGUUUCGAGAUACCGGGCGGUCGACCGUGGAAUGGGUGUACGGUGUUAUCGAAGCAGCCAUUUCGUCGUGAAAGAUGUCCGAAGCGCUCGUAUUUAGGGCGUUGUGAUUCGUUUUAAAAUAGUUUUUUCCGUGUUUCGACCAGUUCUCGACCGGAAAUCGACCAUGAUGCAGCAGCCGGUGUAUCAGCAAGAGCAACAAGGCAGCGCUCAAGACCAGCAGCAAAUGGUGCUGUGCCCGGUCCGGCUGGUGUACGAGACGCAGAUGCUGGUGCAGCCUGGGGACCAAAUACAGCCAAACCAAACGAUACUGAUCAACCACCAAAACACGCCGCCAUGGAUACAGAACAGACAAGUGCAAAACCCGGUCUUCUACGUCCAACACGUGCCAACAAAUUAUAUGCCUUCACCACAACAGCAUAUAGACCAAAAUCAAUUGUACAUCCAGAACUAUGGCUACCAAAACGUACCACAAAUGUUUGUCCAGAAUCCCCAAGAACAAAUACGACCGUUGCAAAUGAUGCCCAGCGUGAUGCCAAACAUACAAACAUUGCCUACAAAUAUCGCAGCAAUGCAGAAUCCGAGAAUGGUUUCAAAUGUUGCAGCAAUACCGCAGCAAGUCAAUAUAUUAAAUGCACAAAACCAAAACAACAGUACACUAAAUAUAAAUAGGAUGAUAACACCGAAUCAAAUAAAUCCAAAUGAAAUUAUAAGCAAACCACAAGAAAUUGUACAGAACAUUUACAGACAUCAAAUGCCUCAGACUGUACAGCAAGAACCGAGGUUUCCAAUCCAACCAACAAUCACCAUGGUUCCAAACAACGUACAAAAUAUACAACGAGUUCCUCAAACAUUUGAUUCAACUGUAAAUCAAAUACGACCAAUGCAACAGAACGCUGCAACAAACAUACAACAAGCAUACCCAAAUACUAUAUUCAAUGUUGAGGAGAGUAGGAAAGUUAAUACCACUGCAAACAAGGGAACGAGUGCGACAAACUUCAAUGUCGUCAACCCUGUACCUGCAGCGAAAAGUAUGCCCCAAUCGUAUAGACCAAUACAGCCAAGGACUAACCAAGUUAGAAGCAACGCACCCAAUUUGCUCCCAAUGCAGCCGUCGACGACUAUACAAGCUCAACACACAAUGCCAAAUAUAAUAUCCAUGAAUAGUGUUCCUAGAAAAACUACAACAUUUAGUAAUAUAAAAGUGGAAGGUAACAGUUACGUACUAAAUAGAAAAAGAAAAAGUGAAUCGCCUGAUGAAGUACAUAAAAAAGUUACUAUUAGCAACCAAACAGAGGCUCCCAUUACAAUAAAACAGAUACAGAAUGAAUAUAGCGCAAGUUCAGCAGAUGUCGGAUGUAACACCAGUCCUGUUCACAGACCAUCAGGAAGAAUAACUAUAAAUAGUAUGCAAAUAACGCCAUUAAAUCCCCUUCAAAAUUCUAAAAUAAUAGAGGAAUUAGCUAAACCAAUACGAACUAGUACACAAGUGUCACAAAACACACAAAUGACACAAAAUAUACAGGUGACACAAAAUACACAAGAAGCUCAAAACGUUGUAAGAAACAUGAUUAAUAUAAUACCAGAGACUGUAAAUGAAACCCAAGUAACAGAAAAAGAAAAGUUAGUUAGAAAUACAGUUUACGUCCAAGCGAGAGGUAGAAUUUUAACGGACAAAGAUAGUGUCCCUGAACCACCUAAAACUGAAACAGUAGUUAGUAAACCUGAACCAAGUUUAUCUUUGCCAAUUAUUGAUCCCCCAGUAGAAAUAAAAAUAAACACUCCCGAAAAAAGUAUAAUUUUGCAAGUAACAAAUGAGAAACAAUCGGAUACUAGUAAAGAUAAAUUGGAAAUAAAAAAAGAAAUAAUCAAAAAAAUAACGGAAGUAAAAAAAGAACUACUUAGUCCAGUAGCAAAAACGUCGGCUCAGUUGGAAGAUGUUACAAGUAAAGUGAAAGUAGAGAUUAAGAAUGAAAAAAAAGGAAGUGCUUCAAUAGAAUCGCCAAAAGAAGUCAAUAAAAUCAAAACAGAAUCUAAACCAGACGUCAAAGUAAAAGCAGAAACUUCUAAAGAAGUCAAAGAAGAUAGAGGCUAUAUACUGACACAUGUACUUGGUGGAUUCGUUAUUCAAGAGUCAAAUAUCGCAUUUCCAAUAAGAAAACCUCUAAAAGAGAGAACAUUCUACAACAAUUCAGAUGAAAUGAAGAAAGAGAACAAAGACGUGAAGCGGGAGAGGGAGUUCGUGAAAGACAACAGUAAAAUAUUGGACAUCUCCCAUCUUAACAUAAAAGAGUGCGAGAAUAUGGAGGGGGAGGUGACGGCGACGGCGACUGACGACAGCGAAGAUCUGGAAGAAGAUGAGAAUCCAUUCAAACUACUCACACCGAGCAGUGUCAGGACUUGGACGGCGGAACAACUAGCAGCCCAUUUGGCCAAGUACAACUGGAACGAAACAGUAUCAGUGUUACAAGACCACGAGCUAGACGGGGAGUCAUUGUCCCUAGUGUCCAAAGCGCAACUCGUCACUAUCGGAGUGAAGGAAGAACACGCAGAAAUUAUAUGCGAAUUUGUUAAAAGUUAGUUUACAACUAUUAUUUGAAUCCUGUAACUUUGUCUGUGUAUAAGGACCGGUAUUAGUAGAAGAUUCGAAUUAGAAACGACCUUCACCAUCUGUUUACUGGAUGUUUUAUUUAAAAUUAUUAGAAUGUUGAAAAAUAUGUUGCGAGUAUGUUGUAUGAAAAACUCUUGACGAACUAUUAUUAAGCAUCAUUAAUGAUAGCUAAUAAUAGUUUGGUCAGGAGAUUUUAAGGCAACUCGCAAUAUAUUUUUUAACGUAUCGAAUCUAACAUAAAAGCGAAAGGACACUAAUCGAAAAAAUUGGCAGGGAGGUAGUUUAUAGUUAGUAAACGUCGGCUGAGCAAGGAUUUUGCGAAUGAGACGGAUUAACGAGGUCUAAUCGCGGGCGUCCGCUAGUUUGAUAUUGAACACUUUGCAUACAUUAAAGAGAUAGGUGAAGGUCGUUUCUGAUUCGGAUCUUAAACUUUAUUAUAGGGUUAUUUUUAUAUCCCUUUAAGUUUUUAUCUGCCUCGUUGGUCCAAUGGUUCAACUUAUGUGGCGUCUGAUCCUAGGUCGAGCAGAUAAAAUGCCAUAGCUUUUCUUUCUUCUCUUAUCAGAUCUGGUAGUGAUCGUUAUAAAGUCAAACAUUGACACGCCAAACUGCAUUGUAGCAACGUGGUGGUUCUUAGUUCUAUAUCCCCGCCUAGCAGAGAGACCUAAAUUAACUUAAAAACGGCUAUUAAGUCAGAUUAUUAUCACACAUAAGGACAUAAUGUCAGACAUAAGGACUAGUAUCGCACCCAAAUUCACGAACAAAAUAAUCUGCUAUUUUGCGAUGAAAACGAGCCUAGAUUUUUAAAUUUAUAUAUUUUAUAAUAAACUAAAAGUUGUUGACCGUUUUUCACACUAUUCAACUACACAAAACGGUAUUUUUACAGAGCUCUUUAACCGAAUAACACGAUUACGACUAUAAAAGAUCGAUUCUAUGGAUACAGUUUUUACAAUCACAUUAGACCGUUGAUCAUAUACUUUGACAGAAAAGUAAUAUCUAACGCAGCAGGUCCUUAUGUAAUUAGUCUGAGGCUAUUAAUAAUGAGUCAACAGAAGUUGUGUAUGGGAAGAAAUCGUGUAUUAAGGGUGGGUAUUAUUCGUAAGAAUCCAUCACUGCAUAUUAUUUUAAUUUGUUCCCUGCAAUAUAAGCAAAGGUUGCGAGCUAUACAGCCUGUUCAAUCAUAAAAAAAUAUUUAAAACGUUUUAGAAUUAACCCUUUUGAAAUAGGGAUGUUGAUUUUAAUCGGCAACUUACAUUAAAUUAGAUAAAUAGCCUAUGGCUUGCAAUUUUAUUUUUUAAAGGAAAUUAUGCCUAAUGUGUAAAUAUAUUUUUAAGUGUGACAUUUUGUAUAAUUUAUGUUAUAUUUUUAAGUAAAUAUUAAUUUGUAAAUAAGGAAAACCAAGAAUUUAAACUUACGGUUCAUUGUGAAUUGUGUAUUAUUAAAUGUUUUAAUGUGAUUCAAUUAUUAUUAAUAAUGAUGGAUAAUGAUUAAGGAUGGUUAUAUGUGGACUAAUAAAUGUAAGAAAAAGAAA